AUGAGCCAGGCCACCGGUAGUAGAACUAUUGUCAAUUACAACGAGCUGCCCGAAAUGACUCGCACUGAGUUCGCAACUGCUGUUGAGCCCCUACUUUCCGUAACGGAUCGGCCUUGGUUUCACUUUGAGGGCCGUGCACCAGAUGUAACAUUGGAAUGUAUUCAUUAUCUCCGGGAGCACUUUCCAGGGGCUCAAAUCAGUGUUGAGGUGGAAAAGCCAGGUCGGCCAGGUUUGCAGGAGCUUGCAGACGCGGCAGACGUUGUUCUCUACUCGAAGAGCUGGGCCCAGAACAAUGGAUAUAUAUCUGCUGAGGAUUGCUUGCGAGAUCAAUCAUUGAAGACAAGCCGAGCAUCCUUGCUAUGCUGUACUUGGGGUCAUGAUGGAGCUGCAGCACUUGAACCAAAGACUGGCAACUUUGCUCAUGUCCCAGCGCAUACUGAAGAAGUGGGAAUUUGCGACACCAUCGGGGCUGGAGAUACAUUUAAUGCCGGCUUGCUGUACGGUCUCAUCUAUCGGGGUCAUGAUUGGGAUUUCCGAAAGAGAUUAGAGUUUGCAAAUCUUAUUGCCGGCUUGAAGGUCACCCAAGAAGGCUUCGCAAACCUGCAAAGAGCGUUAGACUUCCGUCAUAUUAACUCGUCCUUUGCUUGA